AGCCUGGGCCAGCCUGAUCUCAAGCCGAUCCAGGUCAAACGUUGUGUGCCACGCACGCAAAAACGAGUUGCCAAUGACCCACCGAUUGAGAUCGGGGCUCAUGCUUGCGGCAAACGCAGUGACGCACCGGUCCUUCCCUACACGCAGAAUAUAGUGAUUGGCUUUAUGGCAAAUGUCUCGCCGCCAAAGCCAAACUUUACCGUGGGCUUGUCAUUCUUGUAACAAUCAAUGGCGUACAGUCCGUAUUCGUCGUAUAGGGGCACUGCGCCAAGGAACUGGUUGACCAUAUCGGCAUCAAACGCGGGCAAAACUAUAAGUGACGUGCCAGUAUCGAUGAUGGCAGUCUGACUGGUGAGAUUAGGCACGGGUUGUCGUUUAUGAACAGGCCGUUGAGCUCGACCUCCCAGUACAUCUUACGCACCAACGGGAGGGUGCGUACCUUGCCCUCAAAGCGACUAGGGUUGACGCCGCCCAGGACCACCUCGCCACCGGCGUGCUGCCCAUUCCGACCCUCCUUGACCCAAAACGAGAAAACGGGCUUUUCUAAAAGCCCCUCGCGCGCCAUAACAAAGAUCGGCGGCUUUGACUGCGUACGCGACAAUUGGGAAAUCCGAGGCCAAAGACACCAUCAAAAUGUGUUGAGCGGAAAAACUUGCCCAUAUGCGUGGCUAGUCCGACGUGCACGCCGGGAACAGACACGUCGCCGAUGUGCAGAGUGUCCGAACCAACCUGGCCCAUCAGCCCACCGGUGCCGUAGUUGAGCGAAAACGGCAAAUGCGACGUGAUGAAUGUGUGGACGUCGACGAGUUAAACCGCGAGUGGGCCAGGCAGGCGGUGGAUCGCAGUUGAUGGAGGGGAUCCAAAAGUCGGAGCUUCCGUAUCAAAAACCACGCUGAAUUUUUGCGGUGGCGUGCCCAGCUCAAUGCUGCCAAAGUAGCUCUGAAACCCGCGGUUGCCUGGCGGCACGCAGCGUCUGUCUUGUUGGUGUUGGCCUGGAAUGAGCUCAGCCGGAUGGUUAUUAUUUUUGCGUCCUUCUUGAGCCACCGCUGCCCAAGUCAUCAUCUGCUG